GUGGAACAUCAUAAUAAAGACACAAGACAAAGAAAAGAAACAUUUUGAACAGUUUUAGCAAUGGAUGUUUACCUUGUUGAUCACUUUUAUAGAAGUAACAAUAUUUGUUGUGAAUUAGUUUGGAAAACCAAACAAUAUAUCAACAUUCUCCAAUAUGAAUCUCACAGACUCUUCUCACUUCAAAUAGAAUGUAAUCAGCUGCUGGAUAUUUUUUAUGGUUUAAAAGAAGAAUUCGGUUUCUUUCUUAAAGAAGGGGUCCACAUAAAAUAUUUAGGGUUGGAAGAUGUCUUAGAAAAGGAAUAUACUAAAGAAUUCACUUUGUUUUUAAUGAAUGUCUGGCAAAUUGGUAAACUCAAAUUUUCUGAAAAGGGGAAGAAAGUUCAAUAUCUUUGUUAUGUAGGUAAAUUGUUGUCUGAAGUGAUACUUUUGAUCACCAGCUUUGUGAAUGAAGUUAUGCAUCGGCUGAAUUACAUGCCUUUCCACUCCGAGUGCACCGCUACAAUUCAUACAAUCUGCAACGAGAUAUACGCUGUACUUCAAAGUGACUGCUUGAAGAGUGCAGAUGAGUGUUUGCGUCAGUACGUUUAUUUACAGGAUGCAAUUCCUUUUUUACGAGAACUGAACGGGUUAAUCAAUAAAUACCUUUUACUACCAAAAGUUCAUACGCCUAAACAGUUCCUCGAUAGAAUAAUCCUAAAGAUUCCUCCUAUUGAAGAUAUUUUGGCAACAGAAGACACCGAGGAUACAGAACCAUUCAGAUUUGUUGUAAACUUGCUCAAUGGAAAGCUUCUAGGGGAUGAAGUUUUAGAUCAAAAUACAGAUAUAAGACCAAUAGUGGAGGAUGAUAUCAAUUUCAAAAGAAGUAUGACUAUAAUGAAAACUGUUGACUGGAUCUUGCAACAGUACAAUAUCCAAGAUAUUCCGAUGGUUGCUAAACACAGUGAGUCAAUAAAUCGUUACAACACGAACUUGUAUAGAAACCACAAACCUCUUGGAUAUAACACCAGUGAUCUGUUUGAGCCAUUUGAUUUUGUAAAAUUAGACUGGAUGGGAUUAUACAGCAGUCAGUUAUCGUCUCAGAGAAAGUAUAGCCGUAGAGGGAAGAGAAGUGGCCCAAACAACACUGGAAGUAGAUCUUCAGAUGAUUUACAACCAAUCAAACUUGAAAAACUUCAAACUCCUCUGUUACUUCCUCUGCUAUAAACAAACCACAGUUGCCUUGUGAAGAUAGUUUUGUUAACAUGGACAAUAUAGUGUUUCAUUAUGUUAGUUCAUGAGU